UCACAAAAGCGAAUGGUUCAAAAGAACCGCCAACGCCAAGUAAACCUACGACUGUCGUCAUCUGGUGGCAGUAAUAGGAAGCUGCUUGUUGUGUCAACAACAUCGGCAACAAUAACACCUUCGUUUGCGAAAAUAUUGGGGUCAAAAUCUAGCCCCUGCUUUCUCUGAAAAGGCUGGAUUGGACGGGAGCCAUUACUUUCACUUUCCUUGUUGAUAACAGGACUUCGCGAUAAAAUGGGGGUAAUUAAACGCUCAAAGUUCCAACACAUUUCGCCUUUGGAGACUGGACCAGUUUUGCCAGAAAGUGAUUCUGUACCUGAGUUAGCCCCACCACAAAAUGUUCCUGCUACUGAGACUCUUACCCAACAAACUCUAAACCAGCUUCGACCAAUAAGGGCUUCCAGACCUCCUUGUUUCCAUAAGAAUUCAUCAGGAAAGAAUCGCUCUAGCCGCAAGUCAGAUAAUGGACAGGAGAAAAUUCCCAAAGGGCAAAAGAAACAAAGACGUUAUCACAACAACAAGUUCUUACUCAAUUUGGCUGAAUCUGAUGAAGACAAAAGAAUUGAACCUGGAUUUACUGAACCUCACUCAGUAUUUGCUACCUUGCUACAGGAACCUGACAAAAUGGGGGCUUGGAAUGCAUUCUUAAACCUCACUGAAGAUGAUCAGCUCGCUAUUAUUGCCAAUAAUGAAAUAUUUGCUUAUUUCAACAAUGAGCCAGUAUUAGAUCAAGUGCCACCUGCUGUCGUCGAAAAAAUUGUCAGUUAUCGUGAAAGGCGCCGAAACAUGACUGCUGAAGAGGCCUUUUGCACUUUGUGCCCUAAACUGAAAUCUAUAUUCACAAAGCGUCAUUUCCCUAUGGGAAUGCUAGCUCAACUGGAGAAUGAAGUCCUUGAUUUUUUCCUGGACGCCCCGGAAGGAACGUGCAUUAUCGAGAGGCAGUGCAGUUUCGAUCGACUCCUUCUUCACGCCAUCACGCGGUUCAAUUUUCUUUGUUCACAAAGUUUCUCAACUGAAGAUAAUCGCCGGGAAACUCACAUCCGCAAUAUUUGUCCGGAUUUCAUCCCACCACCCGUUUCUCUUUCCGAAUACAUCCAAAAGAAGCGUCGCUAGUCUGUUGCAAGAAAAGACUUGGGCAAUCAUCGGAAAUGAAAUUUUUCAUAGAAAAAUGACCUCUUAUUUUAAAUCUUAAGUUCAAUGUGUUCCCAGUUUAGAAAUUUCCGGCAAGAUUUUCUUCUUUUUUUCUUUGGGAUAAAUUUUUUUACCCAGAGAUUUGUUUAUUUCCGUAAUUUAUGCUUUUGAUGUAGCAUGUCUUUUUUUCGGUUUGGUUUGCUGUUUCAGGAUGGGGCGGUUCACUAAGCAAGGGGAGAUGCAAUUUGGUUUUCUAUUCAUAGACAUAGAGAAAUUGUAGAGACAUUUUUUGUUUAAUUGUUUUCAUGGUAUUGAAAGUAUGCAAUAAUAGGAUAAAGAAGUCUCUGUUAUCAACAAAUAGAUACUUUGAAAAUA